AAUCUUUUCUUCGCGGUGGUAAUCUUUUAUAAACUUUACGAAAUUGUUCAUAAAUUUUCACUACUCAACUUAGUUACAUGUAAACUUGCAGUCUUUUAAAAAUGGCGUCAUCCAUGAUGGCUGCCGCCACUGUUCGAGCUGUCAAGGGAAGAAAAAUUCUUUCUACGCGGGCUGCACUUACAUUAACACCUAAUGCUGUUAAAAAGAUUAAAGAAAUUUUGGAUAAUAAAUCAGAAUAUAUUGGUCUCAAAGUCAGUGUAAAGCAACGGGGCUGCAAUGGAUUAAGUUAUACAUUAGAUUAUGCGAAAGAAAAAAGCCAGCUAGAUGAAGAAGUAGUACAAGAUGGAGUUCGUAUAAUAAUAGAUAAGAAAGCUCAAUUAUCGCUUCUUGGAACAGAAAUGGAUUAUAUUGAAAAUAAAUUAAGUUCUGAAUUUGUGUUUAAUAAUCCAAAUAUCAAAGAGACGUGUGGGUGUGGAGAAAGUUUCUCAGUUUAGUCGUUAUUAAUGUUUUUCGAUAGUCACAUUUUAAAUUGUAUAUUUCAUUGUAAUAUGAAACAUAUGAAGUAAUCUAAUUGAAUUAGAUUUAGUUAUGAUUAUAUUUUUAGAAAUCAAAAUUAUUAGAGCAGACACUCACAUAUAUACUUAACUUAAAAUUAUAAAAGUGUGAAUUUGUUUUAUUGUUGUAUUUGACUGACGAAGGAAAUUUCCAGUUCGAGUUGUGAAGUGAUCUGCAUUAUUCUAUGUUCAAAUAAACCUAAUAUUAUUUAUUUUUAA